AUGGCACAGCUGCCGGAUGAAAUGAUUGAACAAAUACCGAUAAGAUCAGAGGCGAGCGAUCUGAUCCGUUACAGGAGCGUUUCAAAGUCAUGGAAAUAUGUGAUCUCUGAUCCUGAUUUCAUCAAAGCCCAUCUCGAAAACAGUUAUCGCCGUGAUCGUGAAUAUGACAAAAUGGGAAACAGAAGAAUUGCUAUGUCUGCUACACCACAGUGUAAUUGGGAGCAUUUAUUUGAUGUUGAUAACCUCUAUUUUGUCCGUCGCACGUGUAAUCUACUUGGUUCUUCCAAUUGUUUAAUAUGUGUUUCUCCCUCUCGUACUGAAUUUUCAGUUAUCAAUCCUGAAACCAGAGAGGUGAAUAAACUGAAAAAGCCCGAAAUCCUUGAUCAGGUCGGACCUUUGAUUUAUGGUUUUGGUUUCGAUUCAUCCAAAGAUGAUUACAAGGUGGUAUUAGGGUUUAGAAAAGGCAUUAAUCUUACCUGUUUCCUAAAGUUUAGUUUAGAGUCCAACAUCUGGGAAGUUAUAGGAGAAGUCAACUACACUUUUAUCACUAGGGUUGGUGUCCUUUACAAUGGGGCACUUCAUUGGGUUGUUUCUCAUGGUACAACUAAUAAUAAGAAACAUGUAAUUCUUUCCUUUGAUUUGUCUGAUGAUAAAUUUGAGGAAAUCCCACAAACUUGUCAACGGGCAAUGCUUUUGGGGACUAUGUGUGUAUUUCAUGGUCAAAUGUUUCCCCUCAAAGUGCGGGUGAUGAAUGAGUACAAUGUGAAGCAGUCAUGGGAGCUUGUGGGGCCUAACCGCAUGAUUAACACCGAAGUUGUGCAGCAAUUGAAAAAUUUAAAGUAUUACAUAUGUUCUAUCUCUCUUUACAACUGA